GCGAGUGAAUUCAAUUCCGUAAAAAACGUUUCGAGCGGCGGACGCGUGCAGCGGACGAAAAUAAAACACGGAGAGCGAGCGGCGAGUGUGGAGGCAGUAAAACAGAAAACUAGAAAAACGCAGAAAACUAGCAAAGCAGAAUAACUGUAAAACUCAAACUCAAAGACUCAAGAACACACUCGAAGAAAAAUUGGUUCAGCUGUUACACGAACGAUCGCGAGUGUGUAAAUAAAGGAAAAUAGUUAGCACAUUUUUUUUUGCCGUGUGAGUGCAAGGAAGCGAGAGAACGAAAAAAAGAGGCAAAGAAUGGAUCGCGAGCUGAACGGGGCGAUGAGGAGCGUGUCCAUAAAUAGCGCCCAACAGAAUGGUCACAAUAACGCCGUUGGAGGCGGUCGAGAUGAAACGGACCGCGUGGGCGUGGCACAGGGGGCGGCACUGAGCGGUGCACCGGCGGCGACCACAAAAUUGGGCGCCACAACCACAGCCACAAAUGUUGUUAAAACGACAACGGCGGCGGCGGCGGCCACAACAAAUUCAACUCACAGCAACAGCAGCCCGCAGCAAAUUGCACUCUUGUCCGCUGCAGAGAAAACCAAGAUGGUGCACGAGUUAUGUCAGCAGCUGCUAUUGACGGACGAGCAGGUCCAGGAGCUGUGCUACCGCAUCCUGCACGAGCUGCGUCGCGGCCUGGCCAAGGACACCCAUCCGAAGGCGAAUGUCAAGUGCUUUGUGACCUACGUCCAGGAUCUGCCCAACGGCAAUGAGCGGGGCAAGUUCCUGGCCCUGGACUUGGGUGGCACCAACUUCCGGGUGCUGCUCAUCCAUCUGCAGGAGAACAACGACUUCCAGAUGGAGUCCAGGAUCUAUGCCAUACCGCAGCACAUCAUGAUCGGUAGUGGCCAACAGCUCUUCGAUCACAUUGCCGAGUGCCUGUCCAACUUUAUGUCGGAGCAUAAUGUGUACAAGGAGAGGCUGCCGCUGGGAUUCACCUUCUCCUUCCCGCUGCGCCAGCUGGGCCUGACCAAGGGUCUGCUGGAGACCUGGACCAAGGGCUUCAAUUGCGCCGGCGUGGUCAACGAGGAUGUGGUCCAGCUGCUGAAGGACGCCAUCGCCCGGCGCGGCGAUGUCCAGAUCGAUGUGUGCGCCAUCCUCAACGACACCACCGGCACCCUGAUGAGCUGCGCCUGGAAGAAUCACAACUGCAAGAUAGGUCUGAUUGUGGGCACGGGCGCGAAUGCCUGCUACAUGGAGCGGGUGGAGGAGGCGGAACUGUUUGAGGCCGAGGAUCCCCGCAAGAAACACGUCCUCAUCAACACGGAAUGGGGCGCCUUCGGGGAUAAUGGUGCCCUGGACUUUGUGCGCACCGAGUUCGAUCGGGAUAUCGAUGUGCAUAGCAUCAACCCCGGCAAGCAGACGUUCGAGAAGAUGAUCUCGGGCAUGUAUAUGGGCGAGCUGGUGCGUCUGGUGCUGGUGAAGAUGACCCGGGCGGGCAUACUCUUUAACGGCCAGGAUUCGGAGGUCUUGAACACCCGCGGCCUGUUCUUCACCAAGUAUGUGAGCGAAAUCGAGGCGGACGAGCCGGGCAACUUCACCAACUGUCGCCUGGUGCUGGAGGAACUGGGCCUGACCAAUGCUAGCGAUUCGGACUGCGCCAAUGUGCGGUACAUCUGCGAGUGCGUGUCGAAGAGGGCCGCCCACCUGGUGUCCGCCGGCAUUGCCACUCUGAUCAACAAAAUGGACGAGCCCACGGUGACGGUGGGCGUCGAUGGCAGUGUGUACCGCUUCCAUCCCAAGUUCCAUAACCUGAUGGUGGAGAAGAUCUCGCAGCUGAUCAAGCCGGGCAUCACCUUUGACCUCAUGCUCUCCGAGGACGGCUCGGGCCGUGGAGCGGCCCUGGUGGCCGCCGUCGCCUGCCGGGAGGACAUACUCAAUAGCAAGAAGUAGGAGGAGCAGGAGGAGGAGGAGCCCAUGGAGCCUCUGGAGCCGCUGGAGCAGCUGAAGCAGUCCUAGGAGAAACAGCAACGUACACACCACACCAAACAUAGCAGACACGAAACCUAGUAAACGGCCACGGUGGCGUAUGCGUAAUAAUUACAGUAGAGCCACGCUAACUCGCAAAGGCCCCAUAUAUCACCCCAAAAAAAUACAAAAAAAGAAGCUGCCACGAUGAAAAGAAAUCAAAAAAAAACCCAUAUACAUCAUAUAGGGCAUUUGCGAGUUGGCCUGGCCUCUGAUUAGUAUUUUAAUUAGGCAAAAAACCAGGUUUUUAACAAGAAACGUAACAGAAAAGCCCCGCUAAGAGACGUUCUAUCUCUUUCUCUCCUAGUUAAACGAAACAGAAAAAACAUAAAAAACGCUAUGCUUAAUGAUUAUGGAUCGAUUUUCGAUUUUUGUUGAAAAUUUGUUAUGCUAUUAUAUACAUUUCUAUAUAUAUAUAUAUAUAUAUAUAUUUUACAAAAUCCAUAAUAUACACACAAAAACAUGAGGUAUAUAUAUAGUACAAUUUGUGAAGCGAAUUUCUUUUCGAUUGAGACAAAACAAUUUUUUUUUGUAAUACCCCCGCCCAAAAACCCCGAAAACCCCCACAAAAGCGCCGAAAAACGGAGAUACUUAAGAGCAAGCGAGAGAAGAAACUGUUAUACUACUGUGCUACAAGCAUUCUAGCAUAUCCUGCAGGACAACGGAAAGGGAAACUGUAAAACCGCACAUUGUUAAAGCAAAAGCAAAAACGAAGGAAAAGCAACAAAAAACAAGCCGCUAAACAAGAGACAGAAAGAGAGAGAGCGAGAGAGAGAGAGAGAGAGGAAUACUAGGUAAUGCUACCGUGUCCUUUCUGUAACUGUAAAUGUUUAUAUAGAACCUAUUACGAAGCGUUAUAUGAUAAUACUGCAUACAUAUAUAUUUACAUAUAUAUAUAAAUAUAAAUAUGAUAUAUUUAGCCACUAUAUUACUGAUUUUUUUUUGUAAUGUAUUGCUUGUCUUUGUUUAGUGAAUUUGUUUGUUGUUAACACUUAAGCAGGUAAAAACUAAACAAAAAAACAGUUUUUUUUUCUUUCGAUAUAGAAACGCACUUUGUGAGCUAUUAUUUAUGUAAUUGUACAUUUGACCUAGUUUAGUGUUUAGUUCUUAUCUUAGUUUCUAAAUGUCGUCGAAGAAGCCCGCAAUACAACCCAAUAUAUGUCCCCACCCCAAGAAAAACCAAAACCCAACCCACAGAUCCCUUAAUUAUAUUUAAUUAUUGUUUACGAACAACAACAACGGAGGAAAUGCGAGAAGCAAAAGGCAAAUAAGCGAAAUGAAAAUGAAAGCAAAUAAAAUUUGUUCUUAAUUCAUACACAA